CGGCUCGGGGGACGCGGAGGGUGUUUGCGGCUGCCGCAGGAUGUGUUUACCUGAACAUGAACACGCUCCACCAGGACAGCGCGUGGCCAACAGCCGUCGCCGCCAGCAGAGGCCGGAACGAGAGGGUCCAGGCAGCUCCCGGCUGCACUGCAGAGGGUCACCCGCACGCCGGUGUCCGCGCUGCUGGGGCGGAGGAGCGGCCCCGGGCCCGUAGGAAGCCAGCGCCCCGCGCCGCCCCCCAUGCGGGUCGCAGCCCUGCGGAGGGAUGUCCCUGCCGAGCCUCCUCGGCCUCCUGCUGCUGCUGCUCCGCUGCCAGGGCCCCGCCGCCCAGAUCACGGAUUUCCUCUUCGAGAGCUGGAAGGCCUACAGCGAGGAGUGCCACCGCAACAUGAGCCGGCUGCCGGCGCCCACCGAGCUCGUCUGUAACCGGACGUUCGACAAGUUCUCCUGCUGGCCCGACGCGCUGCCCAACACCACGGUCAACGUCUCCUGCCCCUGGUUCCUGCCCUGGUACCGCAAAGUGAAGCACCGGCACGUCUUCAAGACCUGCGGGCCGGACGGGCAGUGGGUGACGGGCCCCAGCGGGCAGUCGCUGCGCAAUGCCACGCAGUGCCAGAUCGACGCCGAGGACCUGGCGGCGCAGGAGAGGUUCGCCAGGACCUACGGCAGCUUCAAGGUCAUGUACACGGUGGGCUACUCGGUGUCGCUGUGCGCCCUGAUCCUCGCCCUGGCCGUGCUGCUGGGCUUCAGCAAGCUGCACUGCAUGAGGAACUACAUCCACAUGAACCUCUUCGCCUCCUUCAUCCUGAAGGGCGUCUCCGUGCUGGUCAUCGACGCCCUGCUCAAGACGCACUACAGCGACAAGGUCGACGACUACAACGUGGGCAUCUGGCUGAGCGACGAGGCCGCGGCCGGCUGCCGGGCCGCCACCGUCUUCAUGCAGUACGGCAUCGUGGCCAACUACUGCUGGCUGCUGGUGGAGGGCAUCUACCUGCACAACCUCCUCGUGGUGGCCGUCUUCUCCGAGCGCAGCUACUUCACCCUCUACCUGUGCAUCGGCUGGGGCGCCCCCGUGCUCUUCCUCGUCCCCUGGGUCGUCGUCAAAUUCCUCUUUGAGAACAUCCAGUGCUGGAGCACCAACAACAACAUGGGCUUCUGGUGGAUCCUCCGCUUCCCCGUGUUCCUGGCCAUCCUGAUCAACUUCUUCAUCUUCAUCCGCAUCAUCCAGAUCCUCGUCUCCAAGCUCCGGGCACACCAGAUGCGCUACACCGACUACAAGUUCCGCCUGGCCAAGUCGACGCUGACGCUGAUCCCGCUGCUGGGCAUCCACGAGGUAGUGUUCGCCUUCGUCACGGACGAGCACGCCCAGGGCACCCUGCGCUACGUCAAGCUCUUCUUCGACCUCUUCCUCAGCUCCUUCCAGGGGAUGCUGGUGGCCGUGCUCUACUGCUUCGUCAACAAGGAGGUGCAGGCGGAGCUGCUGAAGCGGUGGCAGCGCUGGAAGCUGGGGAAGGACCUGGCGGAGGAGUGCCGGCACACCUGCAGCCUCGCGCCCGGCCCCCGCAACGGCGCCGGCGCCGCCGGGGAGAAGCACAAGCUGGUGAGCGGCUGCGGCAACGGGCUGGGGCGCAGCCCCCCCGCCCCCCGCCCCGCCGCCCCCCGCCCCCAGCGCCCCGGCCGCGGCGCCCCGGCCGAGCCCCUGGCCCCGGGCGGCCGGCACCUCUGCUACGACUUCCCCGAGACCACGGCGGAGAGCAACUUCUGAGCCCGACCCGGCGGGCUGCGACGGCGCCUGCUUCCUCCCCGUCCUCCUCCUCCUCCUCCUCCUCCUCCUCCUCCUCCUCCGUGCCCAGCGGGGCCCUGUGCGGGCGGGGGUGCUGCGCGGUGGGGACACGCGCGGGACGGCGGAGGUGGGGGACGGUGGACGUGCACGGGACAAGGAGGGGCACGCGGAUGGAGGUGCACGGGGCGGUGGACGUGCACAGGAUGACGGUCGUGCACGGGACGACGGACGUGUGGGACCAUGGACGUGCACGGCAUGGUGGACAUGCGGGAUGACGGACGUGCACGGGACGAUGGACGUGCACGAGAUGGUGGACGUGUGGGAUGACGGACGUGCACGGGAUGACGGACGUGUGGGACGAUGGCUGUGCACAGGACGACGGACGUGCGCGGGACGGCGGCGCUGCAGGAUGGUGCACGUGCACGGGACGCCGGACCUGCGUGGGGUGGCGGGAGCGCGGCAUGCCUGGGGAGGGGGCCGGGGCCGGUGUGGGGCCGGUGUGGGGCCGGGCCGCGGUGCUGCCCUGGGGCGGUGCAGCCCCUUUGCGCGGCGGUGUAAUUUAUGUCGUGACCGUGCGAAGAGGUGUGGGCCCGUGCCGGGCUGCAGGGC